GAAUCCGACUGAUCGACUUGCCCCUCCUUCGUUGCGAGCAGAUAAACAGAUAACACACCUCCUCAACCCACUCUCAGCCCUACGACUAGACAACUUGAGCACGUCGAACCGGCUCUUAAUCUCGCGAGCACACCUUCAAAAUGGAAAUUAGCCAGAAAUCAGAUACCAAGAAUCGCCCCGAUGAGUGGAUGAUUGAGCAGGGCAUGGCAGGCCACAAGCUGCCUAUCCUCGACCAGACCGGCAAAGAGACCAUCCACAUAUAUCCUCGUCCGCCGGCCAAGAUCAAGCAAGACAAAGUGGCGAUUGAGGCGGUUGGGAAUCGCGAUAAGUUGUUCGCUCGGGAACGAGAGGGCUGGCUUGGAUAUGUGGAAUGGGAGGAUCACCCCGAGAAGAAGGCCAAGGCGCAUGAAAUCCUCAAGUCUCAGACCUUUCCGGAUUGUCCGGACUACCAAUUUGGACCUAUCCCCGGCACCAACCCCGUACUGUCGGGAGACGACUUCAAAGCCUGGCAUGCUGCCAUCGGCGGCGAGCUGACAACCGUAGCCGAUGACUCGUGGGAAACGGUCCUGAAAGAGAAGCAUCCCGACAUGCUGCAUCUCUUGCAGUUCCCAUACAACGGAGAGCCGCCCAAACGGUUGGUGACGUCGAAGCCCAUUACCCCGAAUUCCUUGCACUUCGUGCGCAAUCACGGCGGUAUUCCGCUGAUCGAUAAGGAUAAAUUCGAGCUAAAGCUAGACGGGCUAGUCAAGAACCCAAAGACGUACACCCUGGACGAACUGAUGGACGAAACUCGGUUCCCGCGCAUGGAGAAGACUAUCACCAUGCAAUGCUCCGGAACUCGUCGAAUCGAACAGAUAACUCUAUAUCCUGGUCAAGGCGAUGAGGUGCCCCAGGCACCGUGGGCUGAAGGAGCCAUUGGAACAGCUCGAUAUGUCGGUAUCAGCCUGAAGAAGGUCAUCAAGGAUUGUGGGGGGUUGAUCGACGGCGCCAAGCAUCUCGAACUAUACGGCGCGGAGACUUACGUCAAGGACUUGGAGGUGAUGAACUACGUGGUCAGCGUGCCCUGGUCUAAGGUCAAGGCCAAUGAGGUCAUGCUCGCCUGGGAGAUGAAUGGAGAGCCACUCCCCAAAAUCCACGGGUACCCCUUACGCGUCAUGGUUGCCGGGUAUAUCGGGGCGAGGUCCGUCAAAUGGCUUUACAGAAUCAAGGCAAUUGAGAAUGCCUCAAUUGCUCCAGUUCAGAGCCGCGAAUACCUCUAUUUCAACCAACAGGUCGGCAAGUACAACCAGCGCCCGAUUGACGGGAUCCAGAUCCAGGAGAUGCCUGUCAGCUCGGCGAUCAUGUCACCCUGGCAGCACCAAGUUAUCUUCCACAACGGGUCAAUCGCAUGCAAGGGAUGGGCCUACAGUGGUGGUGGACGCUGGCCAGAGCGUGUCGAGCUCUCAGCAGACGGCGGUUUCACCUGGUAUGCAGUCCCGGAGGAGCGCCUGUCCAAGAAGGGCAAAUGGACGUGGCGGACAUGGGAGAUUGAUAUUCCCUGCGAUGUAGAAGGAUGGAUCGAGCUGGUCGUGAGGACAUGGGACAACGCUCUCAACACUGAGCCGAUUGGAAUCCGUCAGACCUGGAACUGGGGGUUGCACGUCACAUCUUCCGCGCAUCGCGUCAAGGUGUAUAGUGUCAACAAGACCCACGAGCUGACCAAGAAACGCCUUGCGAAAUUCGAGGAGUUGGGCAUCCCUCUAGCCCCGCUCACUCAUUACGAUGCUGUCCCCAGUUUGAGCGACAAAGAGCUGGAUGAGUACUGGAAGACUCAUCCCCGUGACGUCGACGAGUGAUUCUGCCCACCCGCGACCAAUCUGGUAGCCACGGAUGCUCCCCGAGCUUAUUUCCACAACCCGCGGCUUAUCGCCCAAUCAAGGAUGAGAGAUUCCGUCAUUUCAUCUUAUCUGAUGCUAAGGAGUUCUGUCGUCCAUUUGCCUGCCCGUAAUGCCUCAACAAUCGCUUGGGUGCUACGAACCCAUGGUUGUAGGCUGGCUGCUGUAUUUAGUCCCAUUAGCUUAGAGCUUCCUGCUACUGUCUAACAAUCUGAUUUGCGACCAGUCCUUCUGGCUUUAAACUAGAUAAGCUAUAAGGUAGCUUCGACGCUCUGAG